AUUACAGUUAUAAUCUCAAGCAAAGAUUAUAGUGUAAUAUUUAAUGGAGGCCAUGGAGGAAGGGAGGAGCAACGAUAUCAUGGACCCGGAAUUGUGGAAGGCAGCAACCUCCGGAGAUGCAACAUUCAUUAAAAGAGUUAUUCGAACAGACAAGAUGCGCCUUGGCAAGGUUACCAUCGAUGGCAACUCGGCGCUGCACAUCGCCGCAAAGCACGGCCGCAUGGUGCUCGUCAUGUGCAUAUGCGCAAAGCAGCCUUCCCUCCUCACGCUGCCCAACAAGAGCGGAGACACCCCCCUGCACUUGGCGUCGGCCGCUGGCCAUCGCGGGAUCGUGAAAUUUUUCAUUCACGAGCACAAGCAACUUAGGCAGCACCACCGGCCGUCAUCUGGUGGUGUUGAGGAAGACGGGAUGCCGAUGGACAACGAAAUCGGGAACACCGCCCGACAUGCGGCAACCAUCGGUGGCCAUGUCUCUGUUGGGGAACGGCUUCCGUGUGCCGCUCCCGAGAGUGUGCCCCCUGGGAUCCUCAAGGAGCACCAUCGGCCGUCAUCUGAUGGUGUUGAGGAAGACGGGAUGUCGAUGGACAGCGAAAUCGGGAACACCGACCUACAUGCGGCAACCAUCCGUGGCCAUGUCUCUGUUGUGGAACGGCCUGAGAUUCUGCCCCGUCGGAUGAUGCCCAAGAAGCCCCCGCGGCCACCAUCUGAUGGUGUUGAGAAAGACGGGAUGCUGAUGGACAACAAGAUCGGGAACACCGCCCUACAUGCGGCGAUCAUCGGUGGCCAUAUCUCUGUUGUGGAACGGCUUCUGUCGUCGGCUCCCAAACUGGUGACCAUGACCAACCGAUAUUGCGUUUCUGCGCUCUAUAUGGCGGCCGAGAGGGAUUUGCCAGAUAUUGUGGAGAAAAUACUGGCAGUCUCCGACGAAGAAGUCUCGCACGAAGGGCCUCGUGGUCAGACGGCACUACACGCUGCUGUACUUAGAAGCCACAAAAUAACAAAUAUGAUACUAGACAAGAAUAUUCCUUCGUGUCUGAGACAUCAAGAUGACUCCAAAAGCACUCCGCUUCACUUUGCAGCGGCCCAGGGAGAUGUUGCCAUGCUGCGGUUGCUUCUGGAACGAGAUGCCACUGCAGGUUAUAUGAAGGACGAUGGAGGUUUCGCUAUCAUCCACAUCGCAGCAAGUGUAGGCGACCGGAACAUGAUCGAGGAGAUAUUGGUGCGUUGCCCUGAUGCCUUGGAACAGAAGAACAACCAAGGACGCAACUUUGUUCAUGUGGCCGUCGAGAAGAAGAAUCUAAAGGUGGUGAAGUACGUUCUCAAUUCUUCUCCCUCGGCCAAAGAGCUCCUCAAUGAACAAGAUCAUGAAGGAAACACGCCUUUGCAUCUUGCGGUUCUUGCAAAAGACCAGAAGAUGAUUCGAGUGUUGUUAAGCAGUCGAAUCGCGGACUCUGCCCUCAUGAACAGCUCAGGUUUCACACCGGUCGACCUUGCUUCCUCGAAUUUCAGAACACGAGUCAGCCUUCGGAUGUAUAACAUUAUGACAGAUUUAAUCUCAUACGGUUCGCGUUUCAGUCCGCAACGAGUCGAUCACAUAAGAAACCACAUGCGGAGAAGUCAAGAUGAAGAAAUAGAUCGGUAUCGAGCAUUGACCAACAAUCUUGCUAUCGUUGCUGUGCUCAUCGCAACCGUCACCUUUGCAGCUGCAUUCACCUUACCAGGAGGAUACAGGAACGAUUCUGGAUCAGAUGAAGGGAUGGCCAUUCUAUCGAACAGAGCUGCCUUCAAGGCAUUCUUGAUCUCAGACACCUUAGCCAUGGCUAGCUCCAUCACAGUAGCACUCGUACUGAUAUAUUCUGGUUCUCUAGAUCAUGAUGUCCGGUUGCAGUCCCUUAUGACUGCAAUGAAGUUAGUGUGGGUUGCAGUUGGCUCCCUCAGUGUGGCAUUUGCUACCGGCGUGUACUCUGUCGUUGGGCCCGACUCUGAGUGGGUUGCAAUUCUUGUGAUCCUAAUAGUUUGCAGUCCGCCAUUGGUUGCCAUUCUCGUUGCUUAUCGGCAUUCCUCGGGCUACUUAAAGAUGAAGUUAGGUUCCUCGUUGGGUCAGAAGAGGGUUAACGACCGAGAUCCUGCUACAGGUGGGAAUUCUAAGUCAGUGGAUUUGAGGAUAUUAGAACGGGAAUUUAUUAGAUCUCAGAACUUUGAUCACAUGAAAUUUAAAACACCCCACAACUCACAGACGGCCCAAGCAGCUUCGGUAUCAUUUUCACCACCAACCCCUACAAUCACAAUUGAAGUACCCUCAACCUAAUGGCAACAAUAGAAAAUAAUCUCUAAUUGAUUUCAAUCAAUUGAAGUUUAUUGUAUUUGACAUCAUAAUUCAGAUCGACAUU